AUGGCGGCGCCCAAUUCAUUCUCGGCAUACAAGACCAACGUUGGCAGGUCGGUUACUAAGAAAUGGCGAGAGGCGAAUCAAAUCAGUUAUGACGGGGACGACUGGGGAGACGACGAUGAGGCUGACGAGCCGGCCGCCGGAUCUGCAGAGGGCGGUGGUUACCCACGCUGGGGUCCUCAACCCAAUGUCUACCCUUCGAAUCGAAGCGUGACAAACCCUUCACCCUCUCGCAUUGGUGGAAGAACCUCUUUUGACCGCGGCGACGAUCGAAGAGCCUUCUCCUCUUCCGCGGGCUUCGACUCGGCCUACCCUACCACUCAGCGAUCGCCUUUCCCUGAACUUCAAGAUGACUUCGAGCCGCCGUCCCCAAACUUUCGAGACCAACCACCUCUGCGUGUCAAUACAACACCCCAGGGUUCAAUGUCUCCAGGCAACUUUCGCCCCGGUUCAAGAGGUAGACAAUAUCCCUCUCAUGAUGCUCCGGUGCCUAUGCCAGGUGGCUUCCCUCAGCAGAGGAGAUCUGGCUCAAGCAAUCGUCCUCCUCCCGGGGAUAUAUUCCAGCGGCAUGAAAGCCCGAUGCGUCCUGACAGUCGUGGGUCAAGCACAUCAGCCAGGCAGUUCCCUCCUCGCAAGACAAGUUUGAGUCAGCAACGGUCGCCGCAGAUGGACUUCAUGCAACGCGUCGAUACGGUUCCUCCUACUCAACCUUCGGAAAUCAGCAAUAACAACGAAGACAAACCUAUACCGGUCUUUGUCCGGCCCUCAGACAUUUACAAACGUAUGCCGCAAGAGAUGGAGAAGGCACGCAAGUCGCAGGAGUCAUCCCGACCCAGCAUCGAUUCCAUCAGUGGUCGAGUCAGAGAGCGCUCAGUUGGUGCUGGCUCAACAUCUUCUGAUCCAAGAGACAUCACUAACGCCAUAUCCCAGCCCGUAGAUGAUGCUGACUCUACGCGGCGACUUAAGCCAACUCUAGACCCUGUUCCAGAGCGCAAAAGCGAGUACGGGUUCGACAAUAUUCUCCAAGCCUCUGGUGCUCCUAAUCCGUCGACAGAGCCAGCGAACGGUGAGGGGACUGCGAGUGUCUCCAGACACCCAACUACGUCUUCUUCUAUCUACACCGAUCGUCCAGAUCCCGUUUCAGCCACAUCCAUCUCUCGCAAUGUCUCGCUUAGCGAUACUCUCCCAGAAGCCGACCCCCAGCCACCCUCGCCAGUUCGUCCAAGCUUUGCGCUGCCGGCGAUUGGCAGAUUGUCGGGAUUUGGCAUGGAUUUUGGCGCCUCGACACUGCCGGUUGAGAACGCGAGUCACCAGUCACCGGUGCAGCGAGAAGCUCCUACAUCAGGACAGCACGAGUCCAUCGGCGAGAAGGCAAAGAUGGAAUCAGACAUACAAGGCCUGCAGCACCAGCCUUCCUUUGGUUACCGAUCGAUUGUGCAACAGGCAUUCCAUGAAAGUGAGAAUCAAGGGGCCCUUUCUCCGGUCUCCGCGUCCGACACCGUCGAUAGGUCGAACAGCGCUUCGACUUCAGACAUUAGCCCUGUCAUUGCUCGCCAGUCUGCACAUCCAGCGAUUCCGGAAGAACCUUUGCGCUCUGAGUCGCGACCAACAUCAGCCUCCACAUUGCGGCCGAAUGAGGCGCAAAAAGUGGAGGAUGAGGAUUUCCCUGCCCCUACCCCAAUUCGUACGGGAUAUCGAAGGAGCGUCACUCCUCCAAGCCGGGACAAUAACCCCGCAAAGAGGCCUGUCAGUCUAGAGGCGCCUGUAGACGCACAACCUCAGCAUGGCGCUAUAGUCUCCGAGCAGGAGGUAGAGCAGGCCGUUGAGAUCCCAGCCCAUGGAAGAGCACCUGAAGACAAGGCUCUGCCUGCGGAGCCCACCACGGACUCUAUUGAUCAGACCCAAUCAUCCGAAGCCAGCAUACCAUCUUCUGAAAAUAUAAGGUCGGAAGUGGAACAGGAAUGGCAAGCACACAAGGACCAAACUAAUGCUCAGCAUGAUUUCCAGGACAGCGGUGAGACAGUACCGGAUUUAACCUUACCCACCAAACGCUCCGAAACCCCUGCAAAGGGUACCGUGCGGGAUCUGGCUGGCAAACUAGAAUCGCUAUCAGGAAGGUCUACUCCGAGCAAUAUCCAGGCCAGCUCCCCCCCAACAGAGCAAGGUCGUCCGCCACUACAAGCACGACUGGAGACUUUUCGUCCAUCUAUUCCUGGAGGCUGGCAAUCGUUCACCUCGAAUACAGGGUCAGCAAUUCCCCCAUCCACAAGCACGCCUCUUCAGCAAUCAUCCGAUUCUCUUGUAGUGCAACCUCGGCCGCCGUUUGCAUCUGCACAUGGAGAAAGUUCCGAGAGCAUACCUACCGCAAAAGCACCUGUGAAUGCUGCAUCUGAACCUGAUAGCCUCACGCAAAGGGCCUUUGCUGCUGCUGCUUCCGCGGGAAGUGCUCUCGCUGAAUCAUUCAGUGGGCAGCGCCCGGUUGAGGAUGUGGAGACAUCCCGGGAAGCAUCGGACGACUCAAGUGAAAAUGAGUGGGAUGCUUCGAGCACAUCUAGCAAACAAGACUCGGACCCAGUGAACUUCGACCGUCAACCACUAGAUCGAAGUCAAAGCCGGAAUCUCGAAGAUGUUGGUGGAGCUUCCAUAGCUUCGGGACCAGCUGGCCAGGAUCCCUCUCCAUUGGAGUCGGCAUCUCUGACACCCUCGAAUGCGGAUUACCCGGAGGCAGAUGAGGCCCAGUCGAACACUGAUUCUUAUUUCCCGGCGCCCCUACGGACGGCGAGAAUGAGUGCUUCAGUAUCGCGCCCACCAAUCCCCGAGGUCUCGGUACCGGCGACAUCCACUUCAGAGAGCGACAAUGAGCGACUGCAGGUCGAAAUCGAAAAGAGCUUGACCCCUAAAUCCUCAAGAUUGGGUGACGUAAACGAAGUUCAAACGGAUCAAGUUGAGAGGAACAUUCCAGCUGAGGAGAUCACACCCCUAUCGGAAGCAGGGAUUUACUCUGCGAAGCCUUGGUCUGAGACCCGCGAUCUGACUCUGCAAGAGUCUGCCAAAAUACCCGACAGAGAAACCGGUCUGGCUAGCACUGUCCAAGCACCACCGCCAGUUGAUGCACAAGGGCCAUCCACAGUUGGCCGGCCGUUCCUGCAACAGCGGUUCUCUUGGGAGACGCAGGCCGAACAAGAGCCCUCGACGCCGAAACAGACGAGUCCACCGUCGACUAGCUCCCCUGAUACCAUCCGAGCCGCCAUUCAAUCAGAGCCCGUACCCAUCGAGACCUCUCAACCAGAGGCGGACCUGCGUCGGGGUAUUGACCCGGAGAGCAAUACUCCAGAACAGCCAACUUUCCCUCCAGAGCCCGCACCUUUGAGGACUGAUGGAUCGGCGAUUCAAGCCUCGUCGCACUCGCAACCUGAGCUCGCCCCUUUUCGCGCGAUCAUGAAACUCGGUACUCCGCAAGAAAGAAUUCGCGCUUUUGACGAAGCCAGGGAUGUACUUGCUCGCCCGGACGGCGAGUUGCAAGAAUGGUUGCUUUCCUUGAGGACUAGCGAGCACUCGGAGCUGUAUGCCAUGAACGGGCGCAUCUCUCAAGACACGACAGAAACCACAAAUGCCUACAAGCCAUCUCCCCGGCGAAUAUUCACGGAUUCAACUGGAGCAAGACAUAUGCAAGAAGAUGGAAAGAAGCUGAUGGCGGCGGCAGGAAGGUUUGGCGGGAAAGCAGGAAUCGCGGCCAAGGGCCUCUUUGCGAAAGGAAAGGAGAAGAUGCGGCAUGCGAGUUCUGGUGAAAAGGGAUUCCUGAGCAACCGACACAAGUCGACGGGCCCCGAACCCGAAGACGCCCCUGCUCCCUCUCAGGCGCGAGAUUCCACAUUCCUAGAAGACCCGCCUCGAAUUCCACUCAGCAUCUCCCCAGACUCUGCGUCCGAUUGGUUCUCACGACCAGAAUUCCAGAGGUCGCAGACCAGCGAGGUUCACAGCCCGGUGCCACCCGCAGGAAGUUCCUCGUCGACAGCAUCUAUCGAUCGAGACGCAAGCGAGGCCCAGCAUCCAGGGGAGGUAGAGGAAGAUAUUCCUGGCGAUGGGCCUACUGUGGCCGUGGUACCACCCGCAGUGCCUUCGAGCACGUCAAUCUCAGCUCUUGACAGCGAGCAUUCUGAGGAUGCUGGGGUCCCAAGCCGCUCCAUCAGUCAAGUGACGAAGCGGACAGCUGAAGAGUCUCCGAUUGAAUCAGCCCAGCAAGAGAACGCAGAACAGGCCACAGAGGUAGAGCCUGCACUGGUCCUCCCCCAGAACGUCGCUGAUACACAGAACCACGGGGAGGUGAAUACUCUAGCUGCCCCCAACCCGUUGAUGACUCGUCCCGGCGGGUUCGGCGAUAGAAGUCUGGACGUGCCUCAUGAUCGACGGCAUUCUAUGAUAUCGGAGGUUUCUAGCGUCAGCCCGAGUCUGGGGCCAGAUUCUAUCCAGCUACAUCGGAGUCACAGCAUAUCGCCAGCGGAUGAAUCCUCCAGGAUCUCUGAACCGAAGCAGCUCGAGGAUACUCAAGCGUUGGGUCAAGAAUCGGAGAGCACCAAUAUUGGCGGCGUCACGCAACCUAUUCCGCCUCCUCUGGAAGGACUGGCCCCAGAGGGCGGCGAAGGGAAUGUCGAGGUGGCCAAGGGACAGCCGACCAGCGAGGCUGAACCUCAUAAACGGCCACAGGAGCAAAGCCGGUAUGACAAUUCUCCGCGCCGACCGUUCUCUUUUGUUGGACUCGAAGGGAUUGGCGAAAUCCAUCGAUCACUAGAGGCCGGUCACGAUCCAGGCCGAGUUUCUACUCAACCGUUGAGUCCUAUCAGUCAAACAAUCAGCAGCCCAUCUCUCGGCAAGGAAAUGUCCGAGGUCAGUGUGGAGGACGUCCUGGACUCUGCGAACGCCGACGCCGCUGGUCAAAGGCAGUCUCGAUCGUAUUCUAGACCUUUUGGCGCGGAUCCCAACAUCAAACACCAUCCUCAUCCAGCCGAGUCUGAACAAGCAGCAAUAGACAGAAGGCAUAUGUACUCCACCGAGAAUCCCUUACCCAGCGCCAGACGGCUGCAAAACGAGGCUGAGCGUCUACGUCGGCCACGCGAGCAGCAUUACCACAACAGUGCACCGCAGCCGCCGCCGCCGCCGCAGCCACAAGUGGCGGCCGAACCAGAGUUUCGGAUUCCCGGACCGUAUGUUCAGGAAUACCGAUCGCCAAAGCACAUCUCAGCGCCCAAAACAGCUCGAAGUCAGACGCAAAUCCAGGCCAGUGGAGAGCCCUUACCAAGCGCUUCGAGAACUCACCGAUACAGUGCGCAGGCUUCUUCACAGUCCCAAAGACCGAUUAGCACUGGUUAUACUGGCUCCGAGCCCGUCGCGUCUCAAUUCUAUCGAGGGCAGACAGAUCCGAGGCCCAGCUUUGAUGCCCAAGACCGAUACCCCGACAUGAAGCCGCAAAUCACGCAGCACGAGGAGGUCAUUCCACCUCAGCGGCAGUCGAUGGGGCCUCCGCCGGUGCCAGACCAACAGCUGGCGAUGCCAUCUGCCACCGACCGUCCAAAAAGGGGUGUUUUUGGAGGACUUUUCGGGCUGGGCGGUGGCAAGUCGCGCUCAAAAUUGCAGAAGCUUGAUCGCGGCGAGAUUGUUGAUAGCCGCGGCGCCCACGGCCAUGAUAAAGAGAAACGUAACAGUCUGUUCCGGCGACAUAGCCGACACGACAGCAUCUCCUCACAACAAAGCAGCCAGUACGGGGGUGCUGAUCAGGUUGGUCAGCUCCCACGGACAAAGCUCCAGUCUCAUGCUGCCAACCGGCAAUCGAGGGAACUGUUGAGGACUCCAACGCCGGAGCCGCAGCCGUCAGAGGUGAAGAAGAAGAGGUUCUCCGGCCUUGGGAAUCGACUUUUCAAGACUGGUGGCGGCUCCAGGGCAUCCACCGUGCCGACGCCAGCAACGCAAGAUGCAUCGGUGCCUGCUGGCGGACAGUUGGGCCCCCAGUCAUCUCAAGCAGUCAUGUCUCCGCAGACGUAUGACAGUGGCCCCGGACGGUAUUACACUCCAGAGUCAGGACAAUGGCAUCAUGGCGGGCCUGAUUCUCGGCACAGCCUCUCCCAGCAGCAACAGCAACAGCAGCAGCAGCAGCAGCAGCAACGACAAGGUCAGCAAUCUCCAAGAUUUGCCUCUCCGUAUCAGCAUCAAACACGCCCAGUCAGCUAUCCUUACCCCACGGAAGAGCCUCCAGACUUGCGGGGACAACGCCCAAUAACAAGAUCUAUCCCGUCCACCAACAUGUCCCCGUAUGGUGAUGUGGAACAACGGCGUCCUUCUGAUCUCCGCAUCGACACGGGCGAUCGUAACCGCCGUUUCUCCGGCCUGCCUGCCACAGCGCCUGCGCAGAUCUAUCCUGCGGAAAACGAUCCCAGAUCAAGCCCUGGAGUCUUUGAUACGGUGAGUCGUGCCAGCGCCAGAGGCAGCCCGGUGGCCCAUCAAGCACGGUCUACUCAACCACAGCACCGCGCCCACGUGCUCGACUUGCAUAAGCGAUCCCGUUCGCCUCGAAUCGGUAGGAGAGGUUCCGAUGAGUUCGAUUCAGCGAAAGAUUCGACUUCCAAUACGGGUUCGAGGCUUGUUGGCCAGCUGGGCACGUUCAGUUCUAAGAAAAUCAGCCCGGUCGGCGGCAUUCCGCGGUCCGAUGACGAUCAAGAACGGCCCUAUGCGAUCAACGUUCCUGGCUUGGAUAUCGACGACGGCGGCGGCGACCAUGACAACGACCGCGGUCGCACCGGGGUUUCCUACAAGGGCGGCAGGUCUGCGGAACGCAGUGAAAAGUCUGUGAGUGUCGAGUCCAGCAAUGGCGGUCAACAUGGCCGGGUCGCUGCGCAGGGGUCUGGUGGUGGUGGUGGUGGUGGUGGCUUGUUGGAGAGAAAUGUCAGCGUCCUUGAAGGAGCACAGCCCACCAACCCAGCAGAUCACCGGCGCAGCAGCGCGCGAGACGUCAAUUCAGGGGGCUUCAUUGCCGAACUACCCGGGUCGAGAGCCGAAGGGUACGAGUCAGAAGAGGAGAUUCCUAUGAGCGCCACGGCGUAUCCGGGGCAAGAGUGGGUGCCGAUCAUUGUGGGUGAUGACAGAUGGGAUGAUUGA